AUGGUGGUCCUUUCUAUAGAAGCAAGUCCUGUGGACACCGAUUCGGAAGGUCCCCGCGGCCGUACUGGCCGCCCUGACACUCCCUCCUCUGCAACUUCGUCUCGUUCUCGUCGCAGCACCCUCUCCCAGAUCGUACAAUUCGACGAGCCCGACAUGUGUAACCCACUGGCAUCUCCUCGUUCUGACGUGACUGUCACUGCAGUCCCAGUGUCUGCGCCUGUCAAGUCGACCAAUCCUAAGGUUGGUUUGCCUUCUGGCAGUGUCGCAGGCAGCAGUUCGCAGUCCUUGGAACUGCCUGAGCCUUCGCUUAACAAACGUAACGCGUUCGCACAACAACAAGGAAAAUUCCCCUCCCACCUUUCUUCCCACCCUUCUCGUUCUUCUCUCCGUGCUACCACUCUCCGUUCUUCUUCCAUCCCCCCUGUUCCUCCUCUUCCAAUCUCCAUCCUGAAGAAUCGACCGGGCAACCUCACCCUGACUGAAUUCAAACCUCGCUCUUGUUCUGCUCCCCCAUCUCCACCCAAGAUGGCUGGAAAUCCUAACUUUCCGGAUGGCAACAACAAGCCACUCCCCGUGUCUCCCAGAUACGACCUUCACACACCCAGCCCUCGCGCACCCAUCUUCAGAAGGGAUGACAUGCACCGUCCCAGUCUCAGUUCCAUGGAGCGCACUAGCGGUGUCAGUCCUACCACCGUGCCACGUUCCAACUUGACUCUCAAGGAUCUUCCUGAGGCUGUUCGAUCUCUCCAGUACCGUUUUGAGACAGACAUUCAGCGACUGUCAAAGAAGAUCGACAACAUCAACAAGCUCGAACAGAAAGUCGAUGACUUUGUUACCGUGACCCGGGACUACAUUAAGGACCAAAUGGAUGCCCAACUUGAGCGCCAGUCUGACAUGUCUUUCGAGGUUACCAAGGCGAAGCUUGACGUGGAUGACGUCAAGGAGCAGGCUCACGACCUCAAGGAACAGGUCGCCGAAAUCAAGGAGGUGGUUCACGACAUGCGCAGCGACAUCAACGAGCUGACCUCGUCUUUCGGUAACCUGAGUGCCAAAGUCGACAUGUGCCUCGGGGGAACGGACAACCCCGAUGAGCAAUUCCUGGCCUACCAACGUCGAAAGAACAAAGAGAUCGACGAGGAUAUUGAGGAGAUCGGGUCUCAGACCGAAGACCACGGAAAGCAGCUUCUCUACUUGAGACAGAUGCUGAUCCGCAGCAACACUGCUCUCCGAGUCCUGCAAGAUGAGCACGGACUCAAGAUGUCUGAUGACGUGGAAAGCAUUCUUCCACCCAACCCUUUGCCUGCACGGGAUACCGUUGCACCCACUGGGACCCUGAGGACUCGUGUGUCCUCUGGGGUUGGAGCAAUUUCGCCAGCAACGGCGGCUCCCCCAGUACCAGUCGCGGCGUCCGCGACAAUGACUUCGCCAGGAUCGAGCUCUGCAAAGAGUUCGAUUCCUCGUCGGUCGAAGAAGAGGGGCUCGAAGAAGUCCGCCAGCUCUUCUUCCGCGAAGGAGACCACCGAGGGGGAGGCGGCCCCCUCUGUGCCCACCAUUCCUUAG